AUGAAGAUUGUUUUGCAGCUAAUAGUAAUUUUUCGAGUUUACUACAUUGUUGUAACGUAUUCUUCUACGAAUGCGUUAAAUGAAGACGUCAAAAAAUCAUAUUUGAUUUAUAAUCUUUCCGGACAACCUGGACAAGGCUAUUAUAUAACACUGUAUGCCGGUACUCCAGAACAAACGGUAAACCUACUUGUCGAUACUGGUAGCAGUAAUAUAGCUAUUGCUGGUGUUAAUCUAACCAAUGUAGACAACUGGUUUAAGCCAAAUCAAUCAUCCACACUACAAUGCUCUGAUACAAUACAAAAUGUUCGUUAUGAAAAAGGCUAUUGGUAUGGUGUCGAUUGUCAAGAUUAUUUUCACUUUGCUGACCAUCAAAAGACAAUGUUACCUUCUACUGCCAUUCAUAAUUACCGAAUCCCGUUAUCAUUUGGUUUGAUUUUCAACUCAACGAAAUUAUUCCUUAAACAUAGUCAUUCUACAUGGUAUGGAAUUAUCGGUUUAGGCUUCACAUCAUUAUUUGUUAAACCACACAGAAUAACAAAUCAUAGUCAAGAAGAAAGAACAGCCAUCUUUACUCAACUAAAGAUACAACCAACCAAGGCGAAAAUAUCUCAACCAAUUAGUUAUUUGGAUAAAUUAAAUCAAUUUUGGAAAAUAUCAAAACAGUUUGGAUUAUUGCUGUGUGGAACAACAUUGAAUAAGAACCAAGCGCUGAAUUCAAGACAAAUGUCAGGUAAACUGUUGAUUGGUCAAAUGAAUCUCAGUCUUCUACUCCCAUCUGAUUCUUCUUCUUCGUCUUCUACUUCGUUAUCAUCAGGAUUAAAGAUGAACAAUUUCAAGGCAUCCAACACCUAUUUUACUCCAAUCCGUAAACCAUGGUAUUAUGAAAUUAUUUUAACUAAUCUGAUUGUUGGCAAUAUGAGUUUAGUGGUGAAUUGUAAAGAACUGAAUGUCGAUAAAACAAUUAUUGAUAGUGGAACAACGAAUAUAUAUUUACCAAAGAAUAUUUUUCACCGAUUAGUCGAUGUUAUGAAAGUAAAGGUGAAUGAAAAUCCUGCACUGGCUGAACUUGCUUCUAAAACUUCAUUUUGGCAUGGGAAACGAGCAUACUGUUUAAGUGUAACCACUGAAGACAGUAAAUUACAAUUAUAUAAAUCAUUUCCACAAAUUGAAUUCCAUCUGGUUUCAAGUAUAAAUACGUCGAAUCAGAUACUUUCAUUAACUUUCUCUCCACAACAAUACGUUCGCUAUCUUGGUCAAAUUAGUCAGCAUAAUCAGAGUCGUAGCUGUUUUGCAUUUGCUAUACAACCAACUCAUAAGUAUUCAAUAUUGGGUUCAGUUUUUCUUGAAGCUUAUUACACAACAUUUGAUCACGAGAAAAUGCAGAUAGGAUUUUCCAAUUCACCGUGUAAUGCCUACACAAAUAAUCCAAACCACUUAGUAGUAUCUAAGGUGAAUGGAUUAAAACACUGGAAUCAUACACCACAUAAACUCGCAUCAAAAACAAAUAAAAUAAUAACCAAACGGAGUGUUAUUCAAUCACCAUUAGAUUGUGCUGUCUACACACCAACUACAGAUGAACAAUUCGCCUUAAUUACAAAUAUUCUUACAAGCACAAUUUGGUCAUCUCUAUGUCUCUAUGCUGUCUUGAUUCCUUUAUUGAUUUUGUUAAAUAUAAAGUUUUUUUAA